AUGAUAAAAUCAUCUGAUAAGGGCUCAUUUGAUGCCAUUGUUUGCCUCCAUCUGCUUCGAUCUUUCCCAGAACGGGUUGUCACACUCACUGGUGCAGGAGUUUCAUGUGCCUCCGGGAUCCUGGACUUCCGUUCUGCCACUGGCCUCUACAAGACCAAGAACAAAGAUGGCAGUAUCCCUUACAGGGAUGUGUUCCGCACUAGGGUGCAGCAACCUGAACAAGCAGCAGAACAGCUCAAGACACUAGGGAGACUCUCAGAGCUUUGCUUGCAAGCCCCACCCAGUACAGCACACAGCCUCCUCGUUCACCUGUCUCAGCUCAAACUGUUGUGCCGGUCUUAUACGCAAAAUGUGGAUGAUCUUGAUUCCAAGGCAGGUCUUCCUCUAUUUGACGGCAAUGGCAGGCAGGUCCACGUAACCCUGCAUGGGUCUCUCAGUAUACUGAGAUGUAAUAUCUGUUCUAAAUCAUGUGUGCUCACUGCACACCAUGUUGCACAAUACAAAAAGGGCUUGUUCCCUGAAUGUAAGGAGUGUGUUGAAGAAGGUAAAGAACUCAGACUGAGGUGCCAAAGACAUGUUGGUGUGCUUUGCCAUCAAAUCGUCUACACAGAAGACGGUCCAGAAAGUGAUCCAGUCGCUGAAGAGAAGGGCUUAUUACUGGACCAAGAUGCAUCUUCCUCACCACGCGUGUUUUUGAUAUUGGGGACAUCACUGAAAUUGUCAGGAAUUCGGUCUUUCGUGCGAACGAUGACCCGUUCUAUGCAUCGACCAACAGACCUCCCACAGGCAUUGCCCAAUGGCAUCAGAGACUACAAUUAUCUUGACUUGUUGGAACUCCAAACCUCAGAUGCACUUGUUGUAUUUGUCAAUUUAGAGCAACCUCCUUGUAGCAUGGUGCCAUAUAUCGAUGUUUGGCUUCAGGAGGAUGUCCAAGCAUGGUCAGAUCGGAUCAAUCGGGGACUGAGAAUGAGGAAGGGCCUGUAA